GCCACAUUGGUCGCGUCAUGGGAAGACAACAGACACUAGGCAAGUUCUUUGAGAUGCCAAGAGGCAUGAAGCCUGCUCCUCCACAACAGUCAAGUCUCUCACAAAUGUGGGGAAGGUCGAAACCAAAGGAGUUGGCAUCAAAUGUGGGUGACCCUAAACCGGAAGUUGGGGAGGAGAAUGUGGAAAAUUCAAAGCCAAAGCGCAGAGCGCCAGUAGGUGGCUCGCCCUCCCCUGGACCUUCCACUUCUAAGCGCCGGCGAGUCGUUCACUCUGACGAUGAAAAGGAUGUGAAAGAUGAGGGACCCCUGCAUAUCCCGUCAGCACCCCCAAGUUCCAGGAGCAUAACCCCACCCGCAAGACCACCCAGUAGUGGAGGUAAAGGCAAAGCAGCCAUUUUACCACAUCCUCCCCCGGAAGAUGAGGGGUUGUCGGGUAGUGAAAGGGAGGAAGGAGUGGGUGACGAUGAGGCAGCUGGCAUUGAGGACGAUGCGGAUGAUGCCACCCAGAAUGCGGAAGCAGCCCUCUCGCGAGUAGCUGACGUGGAUGUUAAGGGUGGCUGGAAAUCAGGAGAUCCUAUACCGUAUGCCGCUCUAGCCAAGACCUUUUCCCUCAUCGAAGCUACGACAAAGCGCUUGGAAAAGACGUCCAUCCUCACGAGUUUUUUCUUCCUUGUCAUCCAGCGAAGAGCGAAGAGCGACUCAAGUUCCCUUUUGCAAUCCGUCUAUUUGUGCAUCAAUCGGCUGAGUCCGGAUUAUGUCGGCGUGGAACUUGGAAUCGGCGAGAGUCUCCUCAUCAAGGCGAUCAGCGAGUCCACGGGUCGCAGUCUCGUUACUCUGAAAGCGGAACUCAAGAAGGAAGGAGACUUGGGUCUCGUAGCAACGAACUCCAAGAAAAGCCAGAAGACACUUUUCAAACCAAAGCCUUUGACUGUCCCCUUCGUUUUUACCAACCUACGAGAAAUCGCUCUCUCCACCGGUCAUUCAUCGCAAGCAAAGAAAGUCUCAAUCAUAACUAAGCUUCUUGCAGCUUGUCAGGAGAUGGAGGCCAAGUAUAUUGUCCGUAGUUUGGAAGGCAAGCUUCGCAUAGGAAAUGCAGAGCGAACGGUGCUGGUUGCCCUGGCUCACGCGGCUAUCUUGGCGGAGAAAGAGCAGAGUGGAAAGAAGUGGAGCGAAGAGAAGCUGGCAAGUCGACUCGAAGAGGCUACGAGUAUCAUGAAAUCUGUUUAUAGCGAACUUCCAAGCUAUGACCUAGUCGUUCCAGCCCUUCUGGAUCAUGGAGUGAUGAAAUUAAAGGACGUAUGCCGGUUAACACCAGGCGUACCUCUGAAACCUAUGCUUGCCAAACCAACCAAGGCGAUUGGCGAGGUUCUAGAUCGCUUUGAGAACAAACACUUCACUUGUGAAUACAAAUAUGACGGGGAACGUGCACAAGUUCAUAAGCUGGCAGGGGGAUCCGUUGCCAUUUUCAGCAGAAAUUCCGAGGACAUGAGCAAGAAGUAUCCAGACCUGGUCGAACGCCUUUCGCACUGCAUCAAGCCAGAAACGAAAUCGUUUGUCCUCGAUGCAGAGGCUGUUGCUGUCGAGAACACGACAGGAAAGCUCAUGCCGUUCCAGGAGCUCGGCAGGCGGAAACGCAAAGAUGUCAAAGUGGAGGACAUUCAAGUUCUUGUUUGCUUGUUUGGUUUCGAUCUCCUGUACUUGAACGGGGAGCCCCUCCUCCAAAAACCCCUCCGGGAACGACGAGAACUUUUGCGGAAACACUUUCAAGUUGUCCCUGGGGAGUUUGACUUUGCCAGGUCAUCUGAUGGAGAAUCGACGGAAGAAAUACAGGCGUUCCUGGAAGAGAGCGUUAAGGAUGGGUGCGAAGGUCUUAUGAUCAAGAUGCUGGAGAGUGAUGCAAGUUACUACGAGCCGAGCCGACGCAGCGUUAAUUGGUUAAAGCUCAAGAAGGAUUACCUUGCUGGUGUUGGUGAUUCACUUGAUCUAGUUGUUGUGGGAGGUUACUACGGCAAGGGUAAACGUACCAAUGUCUAUGGUGCCUUCCUUCUCGCCUGCUACGACGCUGACGCCGAGGAGUAUCAAACUAUUUGUAAAAUUGGGACCGGCUUCAGCGAGGAGGUAUUGCAGAACCAUUGGGAUGCCCUACGACCGCUGGAAAACCAGAAGCCGCGUGGGGAUGUGAAGACUGGUGGUGCCAAACCUGAUGUAUGGUUUGAACCGAAGGUUGUGUGGGAAGUGCUUACAGCCGAUCUCAGUCUCAGUCCUGUUUAUACCGCUGCUCAGGGCCUGGUUGACGAAAGGGGUAUUUCGUUGCGUUUCCCUCGCUUCAUUCGUGUAAGAGAUGAUAAGUCGGCCGAGGAUGCCACAGGAGCAGAGCAGAUUGCAGAAAUGUACGAGCGUCAGGUCCUUGCUCAGAGUAGAGGUGGCAAGAAUAAAAAAGCAUCCGACGGAGAUGAUGGAUUUUGGUAACUUUCGAAGUAUACUACCCACUAAUGGUAUCUUGCACUGGUUACCGUCAAUUUCAGUUUGGUCCCAUCACCAAAGAGGAGCUUACAGGACGGUCUAUUUAGUGCUGGAAACUUCGUUGCUUUGUUGCUUUGUUGCCUCUAUUGCCUCUGUUACAGGUCUGUUUGUAUUGUUGUCCGCGAGGCCAUACUUUUUCUCCCGACCACCGAAGUACCAGUAAUUGACGAAGCGGGCAUCUUGAACCGACUGAGCUGUUGCGUUCGUUGCGUGACAUGCAAACAGCAGGUAAUUCCGGGGUUGUACUCUCCAAGC